AGAAGCACAUUUAAUUAGUAGAAAGUAACCAAUCAGUGAACGACAAUCAAAUCAAAAGACAUGAAAUAAAUGCAUGAAAACGGAUGAGAAAAAAAAUCUAUAGAAAAAUAAGAAUUGUGACCAAAAUAAACAUUUUUACAAAUCAGUGAUCUCAGAUGUACAACUGUUUUUAAAUUACCUUAAAACGAGUUGGUAUUUUUGUAACACAAUUUUAAAUGAGUGUCAUGUUGUGCUUCUACGAUCUACAAACAGUUGUUAAAUUGUUUUUCUCAAUUCUUAUUUUGGCCUAUAACAUGUCAAUCUUCAGUCAGUCUUUUAAAACUACUCCAGCCUGACAUACACAUAUGAAUUAUGAAUGAUACUUUGGGGAUUGUAACCCUUUAAAUGCCAGUUUGUUGAAAAAACUCCACAGUUUUUUUAUUGAAAAAAAAAAGAAUAAUAAUUUUCAAAAAAUACAUUUCAAGGAAUAUUUGAUUAUUGUUGUUAUUAGGUCCCUACAUUAGUCAAUGAUUGGCAUCAACAUUGAUUUGAAUGCAUUGUUUGUUUUUUUGCAGUGUCAGAUUUAAACAAAAACUCACACUCGUGUUCCAAAGGCCAAAAAUGGCCACCUUCACAAAAACUGCUAUAAAAAUAUGAUAUAUUCAUAUUUGUUCCCACUUUCAAAGAGUCAGUCUUUUAAAACUACUCCAGCCUGACAUACACAUAUGAAAUAUAUUUUUAACCCUUUAAAUGCCAGUUUGUUGAAACAACUCCAGUUUUUUUAUUGAAAAAAACUAGAAUAAUUUUCAAAAGACACAUUUCAAGGAAUAUUUGAUUAUUGUUAUUAUUAGGUCCCUACAUUUGUCAAUGAUUGGCACCUUGCAACGAGUUGGUAUUUUUGAACCACAAUUUUAAAUGAGUUUUAUGUUGUGCGUCUACGAUCUACAAACAUCUAAAGGUUGUUAAAUUAUUUUUCUCAAUUCUUAUUUUGGCCUAUAACAUGUCAAUGGCAAUCAGAGUUACCCAAAGUCCAAGUUAACGGCUUCAAAUGUCUUGUUUUGUUCACAAGUAAUCACAUUUAUGAAGACGGAAUCAGACAAUUGAACUUGUAUUUUUCUUUAUUUAAGUGGACAUAUUAUUUAAUGGUUCACAAUAAUCUCUAUCAGUUUAGUUGAAUAAUUGUGAAUCCGUAAAAAGAAUGAACAAAGCGUCCUUUUAUCAGCCAAACAAGGGGAAAUCACUUUGAACACAUUACAGGCUACUGCAGCCCCUGAAGUGCACAUAUGGCCGUUUUAUCACAACCGCAAGACUCUGUACAUGUUUGAUCGUUUCCAGGGUACAUGAAGAGUUCCCUGUAAGUGAAUCUGCCAUAACAGAUGUUUAACUAGUGAGCAGGUGGAGUCCAGUGGAGGUGAUCCUGGACAUCACACACAGGGCUGCAGAUGGACAACAGAUGAAGGACAGGAAUGUGUAAGUUAGACGUGACCGUAAAACUUUCAGCACAUCUGCAGAUCAUAUUGCAGCUUUUUACACUGCAGAUACAUUUUCCUGUCUUUUAUCUGGACAUGUUCUGCAUUGUCUCACUCGACUAGAGGCACAUUGAUCACAAAGAUACAUCAAAUACCCUCAGAGUCUUAUAAAGUGUUGACGAAUGAUGAAUGAUGCUGAGAGUUCUGAUAGGGAACAGGUUUGAGGCAGACUUUGAAGUGGAGACUGAAGAAGACCCUCCCCCUCUGCAGAGAAUAUACCCUCCAUCCUCUUGUACUUCACUGGAUUACUUCGCUUUGGACUGCCACUACAGGAUGAAGACUGCUGGAGUUCUGCUCGUCUUAUCGGUGGCUCUGUGUGCCGCUCAGAUAAAGAAAAUAAGUGGGAGACCGGAGUGGGAUUUCAGAAAUGAAGCGGAGAAAGUGAACACCAAAGCAUGUUCCAACCUCACGCUGGUGUUAGACAACUGGAAAUACGCCAUCAUGACGCAGGUCAAAGAUCUGCUGCUGCACGACCACAGCACCGUGCUGCCCGACUAUGGACGGAUCCAGCCGCUGUCAGACGCUCUGGGAGAUCUGUACGGGGAGUUCAACGCCCUGAAGGAGCGCCUCUCUGAGCUCACCGUCAAGUUCGAGGGAGUGGAGGGCUUUGUGGACGACGUGCGCUCAGGAAGGAAGCCUUCACAGCCCCGAGGUGAAGCCAGACCCCGGGGGUGGCAGCCAGGGGAGGGGGGGGCUGCAGGCUUCAAUGCUGGGGGUCAAGGCAGGAGGAGGAGGGUGGUCGUUCGGAGAAUCAAGAAACCUGCAGCUUGA